CAACUUCCUCCUCCCUGAAAUUUCGAAGAUCCACCUCGGUGGGAAAGUCAUUCCGCGUGGCGCGCCCUUUCCCUGCGUCCCUCCUUCCCAGGGCCCACCCUCCGCGGACGCAGAGCGUCUGCCUGGGGGACGGCCGGUCCGCGAUGGCGGCCUCUGAGGCAGUCGAUCCCCUCUCGCCGUGGGCUUGGGAAGCGUCCGAAAGGCCCGCUCGGAUCGUCUGCGGUGAUGCCCGCAAGGAAAGCGCCGCCGCCAGCUGGGCUGUCACGGGCGCGAGUGGAAGAAGCACACCGCAGGCUGAGCGACGCCGCUGCGGAGGUAACCGCGGGGACUGCGGCCAGAGACGGGGGAUGGGCGCAGCCGAGGAUAACGGGAUGGCCGGCAUCCGGAACGCGUCAGGCCCGCUCCGCCGGACCUCCUUAUCCUCCAGCCCGCGUCCCCAGCCGUCCUCCCAGAUCCCGACCGCAGCUCCAGAAGCGACGGCCACGUGGGUGGCGGCGCGCGCCGCGGGGACUGGAAAGUUGGCGCGGGGGGGACGAGGUUGGAAGGGCCGCAGAGAAGUAAAGGAGGGCCCGCGUCCGCGCGCCCGGGCGCCGACUGCUGGGCGACGCCGCCGGGAGCGAGCACGCCUCUGACGUCACGCACUGCUCGUCCAAUGAGCGGAGGCCUGAGGGAGGCGCCGGUCCCGGCCCCGCCGCCGCCGCCGCCACACCGGCCCUUCGGGAGCGUCUGAGGAGGCGCGGGGCCGCUGCGGGCUCGGGCGCCGCACCGCGCCGGCCCGAGCCUCUGGACGAGGCCCACGGAGCCGCUCCCCCCGACCCAGCCGCCCGAUGUCCUCAAGAUGGAGGCAGCGGGGGCGGCGGCGUGAAGAAAGCGGCGCUGUGGGCGCGGGAGUAGGGGCCCAGGCGGAGGCGGUGGCGGGAUGGGGCUGCUGCUCAUGAUCCUGGCGUCGGCCGUGCUGGGUUCCUUCCUCACGCUCCUCGCACAGUUCCUUCUGCUGUACCGCAGACAGCCCGAGCCACCGGCGGACGAGGCCGCCUGCGCGGGCGAGGGCUUCCGCUACAUCAAGCCAGUGCCGGGCCUGCUCCUAAGGGAGUACCUUUAUGGCGGCGGCCGGGAUGAGGAGCCCUCCGGGGCGGCCCCUGAGGGCGGCGCGACCCCCACCGCGGCUCCCGAGACCCCCGCCCCGCCGACGCGGGAGACUUGCUACUUCCUCAACGCCACCAUCCUAUUCCUGUUCCGGGAGUUGCGGGACACCGCGCUGACCCGCCGCUGGGUCACCAAGAAGAUCAAGGUGGAGUUCGAGGAGCUGCUGCAGACCAAGACGGCCGGGCGCCUGCUGGAGGGGCUGAGCCUGCGGGACGUGUUCCUGGGCGAGACGGUGCCCUUCAUCAAGACCAUCCGGCUCGUCCGGCCCGUCGUGCCCUCGGCCACCGGGGAGCCCGACGGCCCUGAAGGGGAGGCGCUGCCCGCCGCCUGCCCCGAGGAGCUGGCCUUCGAGGCGGAGGUGGAGUACAACGGGGGCUUCCACCUGGCCAUCGACGUGGACCUGGUCUUCGGCAAGUCCGCCUACUUGUUUGUCAAGCUGUCCCGCGUGGUGGGGAGGCUGCGCUUGGUCUUCACGCGCGUGCCCUUCACCCACUGGUUCUUCUCCUUCGUGGAGGACCCGCUGAUCGACUUCGAGGUGCGCUCCCAGUUUGAAGGGCGGCCCAUGCCCCAGCUCACCUCCAUUAUCGUCAACCAGCUCAAGAAGAUCAUCAAGCGCAAGCACACCCUGCCGAAUUACAAGAUCAGGUUUAAGCCGUUUUUUCCAUACCAGACCUUGCAAGGAUUUGAAGAAGAUGAAGAGCAUAUCCAUAUACAACAAUGGGCACUUACUGAAGGCCGUCUUAAAGUUACAUUGUUAGAAUGUAACAGGUUACUCAUUUUUGGAUCCUAUGACAGAGAGGCAAAUGUUCAUUGCACACUUGAGUUAAGCAGUAGUGUUUGGGAAGAAAAACAGAGGAGUUCUAUUAAGACGGUUGAAUUAAUAAAAGGAAAUUUACAAAGUGUUGGACUUACACUUCGUCUUGUCCAGUCAACUGAUGGGUAUGCUGGGCACGUUAUCAUUGAAACUGUGGCUCCAAACUCGCCUGCUGCAAUUGCAGAUCUUCAGCGGGGAGAUCGACUUAUCGCCAUUGGAGGUGUGAAAAUCACAUCAACACUGCAAGUGUUGAAGCUUAUCAAGCAGGCUGGUGACCGAGUCCUGGUGUACUAUGAAAGGCCUGUUGGCCAGAGUAAUCAAGGUGCAGUGCUGCCAGAUAACUUUGGCCAGUUGGAAGAAAACUUUUUGUCAAGCUCAUGCCAAUCGAGUUAUGAAGAGGAAGCUGCUGGGUUAACAGUAGAUACUGAAAGUAGAGAGCUGGAUUCUGAAUUUGAAGACUUGGCAAGUGAUGUCAGAGCACAAAAUGAGUUCAAAGAUGAGGCACAAUCAUUAAGUCACAGUCCCAAACGUGCUCCAACAACACUUUCUAUUAAACCCCUUGGAGCUAUAUCACCAGUUUUAAACCGUAAAUUAGCUGUAGGAAGUCACCCACUACCACCAAAAAUUCAGUCCAAAGAUGGAAAUAAACCUCCACCCCUAAAAACUUCUGAGAUAACAGACCCAGCACAAGUGUCAAAACCAACCCAAGGAUCUGCUUUCAAACCACCUGUGCCACCACGACCACAAGUGAAAGUUCCUUUGCCUUCCGCUGAUGCUCCAAAUCAGGCAGAACCAGAUGUUCUCGUUGAAAAGCCAGAGAAGGUGCCACCGCCUCCUCUUGUAGAUAAAUCUGCUGAAAAGCAAGCAAAAAAUGUGGAUCCCGUAGACGAUGCAGCUGCAUCUAAGCAAUUUUUAGCAAAGCAAGAAGUGGCCAAAGAUGUCAUUUCAGAAACUUCCUGCCCUACUAAGGACAGUUCGGACGACCGUCAAACAUGGGAAUCAUCAGAAAUUCUUUAUCGUAAUAAGCUAGGAAAAUGGACAAGAACCAGAGCAUCCUGUUUGUUUGACAUAGAAGCCUGUCACAGGUACUUAAACAUUGCAUUGUGGUGCAGGGAUCCUUUUAAGUUGGGAGGUCUCAUCUGUUUGGGGCAUGUUAGUUUAAAACUUGAAGAUGUGGCUUUAGGAUGCCUAGCUACAUCAAACAUGGAAUACCUUUCCAAAUUGAGACUGGAAGCCCCCUCACCUAAGGCUAUAGUCACUAGAACCGCACUACGCAAUCUGAGUAUGCAAAAGGGAUUCAAUGACAAAUUUUGCUAUGGUGACAUUACUAUUCACUUCAAAUAUUUGAAAGAAGGAGAAUCAGACCACCAUGUAGUUACUAACGUAGAAAAAGAAAAAGAACCCCAUUUGGUUGAAGAAGUUUCUGUUCUCCCUAAAGAGGAGCAAUUUGUUGGACAGAUGGGUUUAACAGAAAACAAACACAGUUUCCAGGAUACUCAGUUCCAGAACCCAACAUGGUGUGACUACUGUAAGAAAAAAGUUUGGACUAAAGCAGCUUCCCAGUGUAUGUUUUGUGCUUAUGUUUGCCAUAAAAAAUGUCAAGAAAAGUGUCUAGCUGAGACUUCUGUUUGUGGAGCAACUGAUAGGCGAAUAGACAGGACACUGAAAAACCUUAGGCUGGAAGGACAGGAAACCCUCUUAGGCCUGCCUCCUCGUGUUGAUGCUGAAGCUAGCAAGUCAGUCAAUAAAACAACAGGUUUGACAAGGCAUAUUAUCAAUACUAGUUCUCGUUUAUUAAAUUUGCGUCAAGUCUCUAAAACUCGCCUUUCCGAACCAGGAACCGAUCUCGUAGAACCUUCACCAAAACACACACCCAACACGUCAGACAACGAAGGCAGUGACACGGAGGUCUGUGGUCCAAACAGUCCUUCUAAACGGGGAAACAGCACAGGAAUAAAGUUAGUGAGAAAAGAGGGUGGUCUGGAUGACAGUGUUUUCAUUGCAGUUAAAGAAAUUGGUCGUGAUCUGUACAGGGGCUUGCCUACAGAGGAAAGGAUCCAGAAACUAGAGUUCAUGUUGGAUAAGCUACAGAAUGAAAUUGAUCAGGAGUUGGAACACAAUAAUUCCCUUGUUAGAGAAGAAAAAGAGACAACUGAUACAAGGAAAAAAUCACUUCUUUCUGCUGCCUUAGCUAAAUCAGGUGAAAGGCUACAAGCUCUAACACUUCUUAUGAUCCACUACAGAGCAGGCAUUGAAGAUAUAGAAACUUUAGAAAGUCUGUCUUUAGACCAGCACUCCAAAAAAAUAAGCAAGUACACAGAUGAUACAGAAGAAGACCUUGAUAAUGAAAUAAGCCAACUAAUAGACUCUCAGCCAUUCAGCAGCAUAUCAGAUGACUUAUUUGGCCCAUCCGAGUCUGUGUAGCAGACAGGUCUAUUUAAACUUUCAAAUGAAUGGGGUAAAGUUGCAUCUAAAGUACCACAGAUACAACCAUGUUUAAAUCCUCUUAUGCACUCUGGCCUGCUUCUCCAGUUACUUGCUUGUGUAAGAACAAAAAUGAGAAAGGUUGUUUUCCAGUAAAAACAUGACCAGCUUACUAAUUGGUUGUUUUGGAUUGCAUUUAUAGCUAUGCUUUUUUGGGUUUAUACUGGGAAUUUAUUUUUACUAAAUUAUUUAACUUUUCUAAUUAUGUAAUUAUGUAAGCUAACUUUUCAUGUUUAUGUAUGUAUGGUGUCCCCUUGUGUUAUUUUCCUUCCUCUUGGUUUUUUAAUUAGUGUUAAAUAGAAUACUGUCUAGAUUCUUAACAUAUUUUCAUUUCCAUCAUGGUUAUAACAAAUUUGCUGCAUGCCCAAAUUGACAACAGCAGUCACUGAGGGAACAGGUUUUGAAUCUUUCUUUUGUGUUAUGAAGUUUAUCGUCUCUACUUGCUUGAGAUUUUUGUUAUUUUGGGGGUUUGGGGGUGCUUUUUGUUUUGUUUUUGCCAAAUGUAACAUGAAAGCAGAUGCUGCAGCUUUAGUCUGUUAUGCUGAUUUAGUAAAAAAAAUUUUUUUACAUAUAUUGCUUGCUUUCGAUGCUUCUGUGAAAUUUUUUUCUAAAGCUUUUGUGCAGCUGUAUGGUAAAAAUAUGGUGAUUAAUUUGAAGAGCUUACAUUGAAAGACAAUGUAAUAGGAAAUAAAUGUAGAAUGCAGUUGGUCAAGAACUUUGUAGAGAGGAUAACAGGACUUAAUUACUGAAAAACAGUAACAUAGCAUUUUGAAAUACAAUCUUUUAAAAUAUUGAUGCUUUCCUUUUAAAUGGAAAUUUAAAUUUUAUGAUUAAAAGUUCAAACAUUUAUUAUAAUUUUCUUCAUCAGUUCUCCCAUAGGAAAUAAAGCAUGUGAAAGGGUAUUUAAAGUUUUGGAGGACUCUUUUUAAAAUGACUGUGUUGAUAACUAGUUUGGGCUGGUUUUGUUUUAGAAACAUUUUCAUGUAGGAGUAUUCUGUGAAGGAAAGGAAUCAUGCAAAAUAUACUUAUUGCUUUGGCGUCUUACAGUUGUAAAGGAAUACUUCUGUAGUAAGUAUUCAUUAAGAAAAGAAUGACAAAAAUAGACAGUAUUCAUACAUAGGAAUUGGGACCAGUUCUCUGAAAAUGAAGAUAUACUCACACUGGGUCCAUUUUACGGAUACCAGUAACACAUGACUGAGGGAAAACAAGUAAGCUUGACUAUUGUUGGGGUACCUUAACAGUUUCAGUCUGUUAUAUACCUAUAAAAUAGACAAGUAUAUGUUUGUCCCUUUGUAGGUAACUGCUAUGAUGAUUGCUAUAUAGUGAAACUGACAUGAGUUUAAAACUAGAUGGAGCAGCUUUUAUUGCUGGCAGGAAAAAGCAUGGUGUAAUAUUAAGGAUUGGGGCCCAGGUCUAGAGUCCAGGACUCCAUAAAAGUUUAAGUUCAAGCGUUUCCAUUAAUGAACUGUGUAAGCAUAGGCAGUUACAAGAGGACCCAUCUCUAAAAUGGGAAUAAUAAUACUUUACCUCCCUCACAGUAUUGUUGUGAGGGAAACAAUAGCAUAACUGCAAAAGUGCUUUGAACAGUAAAAAGAUAUACAAGUAAAAGGCAUUAUUUAUGUGAGUGAGAAAGACAUUUUUGAGGGCAGAAAAGUUAUUCCACUUUAAAAAUCAAUAGCCAAGUCUCAUGCCUUUUGUUACUUUAGUAAGCGAAAAUUUCAGGUACUAAAUACCUUUCUUAGCCAAAACAAAAACAUCUCAGUAUACUUCAUUACUUAUUUAAGCGUGAUCUCUUUUUUUUUCUUUUUUUUGAGACAGAGUCUCGCUGUCUCCCAGGCUGGAGUGCAGUGGUGUGAUCUCGGCUCACUGCAAGCUCCGCCUCCCAGGUUCACCCCAUUCUCCUGCCUUAGCCUCCCAAGUAGCUGGGACUACAGGCACGGCUAAUUUUUUGUAUUUUUAGUAGAGAUGGGGUUUCACCAUGUUAGCCAGGAUGGUCUCGAUCUCCUGACCUCGUGAUCCACCCACCUCGGCCUCCCAAAGUGCUGGGAUUACAGGCGUGAGCCACCGCGCCUGGCUGCGUGAUCUUAUUUUAAAAGAACACUGCUAUAGAAGAAUUUACACACCAAAUUCCUGAAAGCUAAAGUAUUGUUCCAUAACUUACACUUGAGGCAAUCUGCUCAGUGUGUAACCACAAUUGAUUUUAUGAAAAAUAACUUACCAUUGAUAACCUGGAAGGUGGACUACUUGUAAGUAGCUGGUGUUUAUUGGUUAAACCAUGGAAGUUUUCAUGAUACCCAAGCAUGUUGCUGAAACUGAUGCAUUUGAAAGAGCUGUUGAAAUAAUGCAGAACUUUGGUUUUAUAAGAAUCUACUCAUGUUUUAAAAGUAUUUAACUCUGUAGACCACAAUUAUAGGAAGCUCAGUAAUGCUGCUAAUGACAUUUGUAAACUAUAUCUGUAAUGUAGUGCAAUAUUUUUAUAUUUCACUGGGGGAGGCAGUAGAGACAUCAUAGUUGUACUUUAGUGCAAAUGGGGGAACACUCCAAAUAGCCUAGAGUAUAGUAAGGUAUAAAGCUUCAAUGAAAAAAGCUGUAUUAUAUUACAUUACUGAUGAAAUCUUGCUGCCAUGCUAUGUAUCAAUAGCUAAAAAAUAAUAAUAAAGACUACCACAGAAAACAA